AUGGCCGCCGUCACAUCGUGCUACCGUCGCGUGACCGCCGCCGCGCUCACACUCCACCACCACCAACCGGCCUUCCUCGCCGUCCGCCUCCGCCUCCGCCUCCCGCGCCGCCCGAUCCCGACGAACAGGGCCAUGUCCUCCUCGUCGGCCGCUUCCGUCGCCUCGCCGCACCAGGCCGGGGCGUGGUACGUGGUGCCGGACCUCAGCCUCCGGGACCACCGCUUCGCCGUCCCGCUCGACCACUCCUCCUCCGGCUCCCCCUCCAUCACCGUCUUCGCCCGUGAGGUCGUCGCAGCUGGAAAAGAAGAGGCGGCUUUACCUUAUCUGAUGUACCUACAAGGUGGUCCUGGAUUUGAAAGUCCUCGCCCUACCGAAGCUAGUGGAUGGGUAAAGAAAGCGUGCGAAGAAUACCGUGUGGUAUUGCUAGAUCAGCGAGGAACAGGACUGUCAACACCACUGACGACAUCUUCUCUUUCUCAAAUAACACCUGCGGCAGAGCAGGUGGAGUAUUUGAAGCAUUUCAGGGCAGAUAACAUAGUUAAGGAUGCAGAGUUUAUUCGUCUGCAUCUUGUACCAGAUGCCAAGCCUUGGACAAUUCUGGGACAGAGUUAUGGUGGAUUUUGUGCUGUUACAUAUUUGAGUUUUGCUCCGGAGGGCCUGAAAUCUGUACUGUUGACUGGAGGGCUUCCACCACUAGGAAAGCCCUGUACUGCAGAUGAUGUGUACAGAGCCUGCUUUAAGCAGGUUCAGCUACAAAAUGAGAAGUACUAUAAGAGAUACCCUCAAGAUAUACAAGUUAUUCAUGAGGUUGUAAGAUACUUAAGUGAAUCUGAAGGUGGAGGAGUCCUUCUCCCAUCAGGUGGCAGGUUAACACCUAAGAUGCUGCAGUGCCUUGGACUAUCUGGUUUAGGUUCUGGUGGAGGAUUUGAAAGACUGCACUAUCUACUUGAGAGGGUGUGGGAUCCUAUACUAGUUCCUGGCGCAAAAACGAAUAUAAGCUAUUACUUCUUGAAAGAGUUUGAAAUGUGGUUAGGUUUUGAUCAAAAUCCUCUUUAUGCUCUCUUACAUGAGUCUAUCUACUGUGAGGUAACUUACGAAAUUUGUAGCAUUGUGUUAACUGGUACUGUGACAUUAUUCUGUUGUUCAUGUCUAAUAUUAUGCGUGAUGCAGGGAUCUUCAUCAAAAUGGUCAGCCGAUAAGAUUUUCAGUGAAUAUGGAAAUUUGUUUGAUCCUGUUAAAGCUACAGAAGAAGGACGUGCUGUCUAUCUUACUGGAGAGAUGGUAUUUCCAUGUUUUUUCGAUGAGAUCCAUGCUUUAAGACCCCUAAAGGAGGCUGCCCAUUUGUUAGCAGAAAAGGAGGACUGGCCUCCAUUGUAUGAUAUCAGCGUGUUGAACAACAAUAAGGUUCCAGUGGCUGCCGCCGUGUACUACGAGGACAUGUACGUCAACUUCAACAUCGCCAAGGAGACGGCCUCCCAGAUUGCCGGAAUCCGUCUGUGGGUGACCAAUGAGUACAUGCACUCUGGCCUUCGGGAUGGCGGCUCCCACGUCUUUGAGCAUCUGAUGGGUCUUUUGAAGGGAAAGAAGCCUCUGUUUUAGGCCUAUAGUUCACGGUGUCCAUAGCUGCUCUAGAACCGUGAUAAUAAGUGUUCCUUUUUCUCGUAGUCGAGAAAUGAAUAAGAAUAUUCUCCUGGUUAUAGUACUCGUGAACGUUUGCACAGAUCAUGCUGUUACUUUUGGUGGUCGAGACAUACUUGAGGGCGUUGGAAUUGAACUAGAUUAUGCAAAAUUUGUUAAA